AUGACCCUCAAGCGACUUCAAUGGAUUGCUGCUGUCCUCAACUUCCUGGCAGCCGUGCAGAGCGGUUUCCGCAGCCACCGAUCCACCAUGGAUCCCUUUUCCAACGUGGUGAUUAUCCUAGCGGAUGCAAAGCUUCGUGGUGAUGCCGGAUACUUGGUUCUCCUCGACACCAAGAGUACAUUUGAUAACCUGCCUCGUGUGACCGUUUCGGACGCUCUACGCGCAAUGGGUGUGUGCGGCAGCCUUCUUGGGCACGUCCAAAAGUUCCUCGGGGGCAGAGCUUUGUGCGUCCACAUCGAUGGCGACCUGAGCGCGCCUCGCCCGUCCACUGGUUGA